CUCUUAACCAAAUUAAAGAAAUAUCGCUUGGGACUUUGAAAAUUACCAUAAUGUCCAUUAUGACGGUGGGACCUUGUGCUCAUAAUGAACUCAAAAUAAAAUAACGAAUCGAGGAAACGAGGAAAAGCAGCUUCUGUGAAAGUUAAGGCGUGAAAGAUAAGCGAGGAACAGAUCGUACAUAAGUUGUGGGAAAAAACAAACGUGUACCUUCAUAAAUGUUUAAAACAUCUUCUCACUAUUGGUCGCGAGAAUAGUAUGUUGUAGAUGAUCGCGAAUUUAUUUUUCAGAGUUCAAAUAUAAACAAGCGUUUGCCGCAGAAAGUGAAGCAAAGCAAAGGAAACAAACGUGAAAAAACCUCGAAGGUGUUGUUGUAAGAAGCAACAAUUUCGGAAGCCUUAAUAUUUCAAAAUGGGUGCUUUGCUGGCAAAAUUUCGGAAAAAUCAGGACACAACUCAAUUGUUGGAGAGCCUGCAUGAGCAGAUUGAAAGCUUGGAAAAAUACACAUUUAAUACACAAGAGCAAAAGAAGCGUUUUGUGGGCAAUUUUUUAGCAGUAUCUAUAGGCGUUUACGUUGUAGCAUUUGCAAUAUUUUAUUUUGCAUAUUUUCCUUCAACAUGGAGCGAUCGUUUACUUUAUUCGCUGCCAUUGUUCAUUUUUCCUGUAGUUAUAGUAAUGUUACGCUAUUUACUUACAUGGUAUUUUCAACGCAAGUUAAAUAAGAAUUCAACGAAAUUAUCCGCCCUUAGAGCUGAAAAGAAGAAGAUACUCGAACAAGUGAUGGACAAAGAAACCUAUAAGGUUGCCGUGAAUCUUUUAUUACGAUUUGGCGACAAGUCGAGCAGCACCACUCGCCUGCCAUUUGCCUCGCCAUUAAAUCGAACUUUAAAUGUAGUCUCACCACAAAGCAAAAUAAUGCAAGGUACUUUGGUCCCCACACCUGCCACGCCGAAUGCUAGUUUAUCAGCACGUGCAGUAUUAACUGGCACUUCAAAUGCCGCAUUAACCUCGGAUUUGUCUAUGAUAAGCCCCACGUUGUCUUCAUCAUUGUUUUCGAGUCAGGCUCUGGAUCAACAAUUACGUCGACGUACCCCAUUUCCUAUUGUCAAUCCCAACAAUAAAAGUAUCUUUGAGCGUCUUGUUGACGUGCUGAUUGGUGAUGGUCCUCAAGAUCGUUUCGCAAUGAUUUGUAAGCAAUGUCACGGACACAAUGGUAUGGCUUUGAAGGAAGAAUUCGAAUAUAUGACAUUUCGUUGUAUUUAUUGCAAUGGCUUAAAUCCGGCCCGUAAAUCACGACCAAUCGCUCCUAGGCUAUCAGUGUUACCGCCAACCCUGACACAGGAACCUCAUGAGAGCACCUCGUCAGAUUCAUCAUCAUCAGACGGUUUGGAAAAUGGUGAUUUCAAUGAAUCUAUCCAAGAAGAGAAGAAAUUCACCACAAUGGACAGCGAUAAUAAUAAUGAUAGCAAUUCAGAGAUGAAUGUUUCUUUGUCUUCAUCUCGUACCAAUGAGUUGGAAAAUCGCAUGCGAGAUAUUCAAAUACGUGAGGAACUUGAUCAACAGCUACGCUUACGAACACGAAGCGAAAGGCAUGAAAGAAAUGAAACAUUGGCAAGCGAAUCAUCUGAAAAAGUUGAGAAACGUGAAGCAUCCGAUUGAUGUUAAAAGCAACCAUGCCAUAAAAAAGCAAACCUAUAUUGGGCGAGCUUAAAAAAAAUAUGCAAUCAUCGGACUGAAUUGAAACAUUUAUUACGCAGAGUUUUUUAUUACGAAUCUCUGUGAUAUUUUUCACUGUUGUUACUUACGUUUGUAAUUUAAACUGAUUUUUCUGCUUUUAUAUAUCUUUUAUUCUUUUUUUUUUUUUUUUUUUAAUUAAAAUUU